AUGAUUGAUGAUCAACAAAUCACUAUAGAAGGGAAUGAAUUUCAUUCACCAGCUGCUAUUAAAUCAAUAUUAAAUUUGUUAUUGUUUGACGAGACUGCAGUUGAUGACGUGGCUGAUGUACCGGUUAAUGAUGAUAACGAUCUCGGUGAUUUGUUAUUAUUUGUCGAACUAUUACCGCUUAAAUUAUGUGUUAAACUAUGUCGUCUUAAGUCACAAUUACGUCGAAAGACUUUCCCGCAGGAGCAGUGA